CGCAGUACUCCGCCUGGCCAGCAGGUGGCGCCUUCAAAACCGGCGGAAUUACACGCGAAGAAGACCUGAGCCGAGCUAAACUAAACUGUUAGCGGUUUCGUACAGUCUUACGUAUGUAUAGUACGAAUUGAUCAAAUUACAUCACACUGUAUCAGAUAUGAAAUUGUACUGUUUGUCUGGUCACCCGACGUUGCCUUGCAAUGUUCUCAAGUUUAAAUGUACCACCAUCAUGUUGGACUGUGGGCUGGACACCACCUCUGCUCUGUGUUUCCUCCCUCUGCCUCUGGUGCACAGUCCAAGACUGUCAAAACUCCCAGGAUGGGCCUCCAAGGAUGGAACAGUGAACCUUGAGAAAGAGCUAAAGGAGUGUGCCGGUCGUGUAUUUGUGGACUCUGAGCCAGAGUUUUGUCUUCCUGAGAGAGAGCUGCUCGACCUGUCAACUAUCGACGUCAUCCUGAUUUCUAACUACCACUGCAUGAUGGCUCUGCCGUACAUCACUGAGCACACCAGCUUCUCAGGCACCGUCUACGCCACUGAGCCCACCUUCCAGAUCGGCAGACUGCUGAUGGAGGAGCUGGUUAAUUUCAUGGAAAGAGUUCCAAAGGCUCAGACUGCCACCUGCUGGAAGAACAAGGACAUACAACGGAUGUUGCCUGGGCCUUUGAAGGAUGCAGUGGAAGUGUGGUCAUGGAAGAAGUGCUACAGCAUACAGGAAGUGAACUCCGCGCUAAGUAAAGUGCAGCUGGUGGGCUACUCACAGAAAGUGGAGUUGUUUGGUGCAGUGCAGGUCACCCCUCUGAGCUCCGGCUAUUCCCUGGGCAGUUCAAACUGGAUCAUCCAGUCUCACUAUGAGAAAGUGUCUUAUGUCUCCGGCUCGUCCUUGCUCACCACACACCCUCAGCCUAUGGACCAGAGCUCUCUGAAGAACAGUGACGUUUUGAUCCUAACUGGCCUGACCCAGAUCCCCACAGCCAACCCGGACGGCAUGCUGGGAGAAUUCUGCAGCAACCUGGCCAUGACAGUCCGAGCUGGAGGGAACGUUUUGGUGCCAUGUUACUCCUCUGGUGUGAUUUAUGACCUGCUGGAGUGCCUCUACCAGUUCAUGGACUCUGCUAACCUGGGAAACACACCCUUUUACUUCAUCUCACCUGUGGCCAACAGCUCGCUGGAGUUCUCUCAGAUUUUUUCAGAGUGGCUGUGUCAGACUAAGCAGUCUAAGGCUUACCUCCCUGAACCUCCUUUCCCACAUGCUGAGCUGAUCCAGACCAACAAACUGAAGCAUUACCCGAGCAUCCACGGCGAGUUCAGCAGUGAUUUCAGACAGCCAUGCGUGGUGUUUACGGGGCAUCCAUCACUGCGGUUCGGGGAUGUCGUGCACUUCAUGGAGCUGUGGGGCAAAUCCAGUCUCAACACAAUCAUCUUCACUGAGCCUGAUUUCUCCUACCUGGACGCUUUGGCUCCCUACCAGCCGCUAGCCAUGAAGUGUGUGUACUGCCCCAUCGACACACGCCUCAACUUCCACCAGGUUUCCAAACUUCUGAAGGAAGUUCAGCCACUUCAUGUGGUGUGUCCUGAGCAGUACACUCAGCCUCCUCCCUCUCAGUCUCACCGGUCUGAUCUGAUGUUGGAGCUGCAGCCUCCACCUCUGCCCUACAGCCGAUGCUCCGUUCUCAAUCUGCCCUUCCACCGCACGUAUGAACGUGUCCAGCUUCUGCCCGAGCUUGCCAAAACUCUUGUACCUUCUGAGAUUAAACCUGGCAUCUCCGUGGCAAACGUGUCAGCAGUCCUGCAAUCGAAGGACAACAAGCAUGUCCUCCAGCUGGUGCCCAAGCCUGCUCCUGUGGCUCCCAGUAAAAAGAGGAAGAGGCUGAUGGAAGAGGUUCCUGAGCUGUCAAGCCCAAAGCCCCUGCUGAGCGGAGCUGUGCCUCUGGAAGCUUUCCUCGCAUCACUGCACAAGAGCGGAAUCUCCGAGGUGAAGGUGGAGGAGACGGCAGACGGUCACAUCCUGCACCUGCAGGCCGAGGACGCGCUCAUCCAGCUGGAGGAAGACGCAACGCACAUCGUCUGUGACAACAACGAGCCACUGCGCACUGCCCUCAGAGACCUGGUGCUCCGCUUCCUCCAGAAGCUCUGACUUCUGACCUUUUGAGUCUGAACUCUGACCUCAGUGUGGUUGCACACAGCGUGGUGAUGAUCCAGUGGGUCAGUAGCGGUGAGCAGUGAGCACUGGGACGCAACCGAGGCCACUGAGGUUAUUUUUGUUUUAAGUUAAAACAGAAGCUGAUUGUAAACACGAGAGAGCCGUGCCUCAGUCCUCACUGGUGAACACUGUACCUCACUGAUUUCUUGAAGUAAGACCUGUUCCUGGGCCAGAAUUCCUUAUAGCGCUAAUGACAUCAGUUUGUGUCCUACUCCUCCUGCUCUUGAGCCACGUCCCAGAAUGCACUGCUUUCAGACUAAGAGCCUUUCUUUUUGAAAAAGUAUGAACAAGGUGCAUCUUCAGUCCUGUUGAAUAAAUCAGGAAUUUUGUUAAUUUAUUAUUAACUGUACACAGAGCUACGCUGUGUUUUGUCUCUGGAAGAUGUCACAUUUCGGUGGGACAUUUUCUCUAUCUAUAACCUAUGUGGGAUAAACACAGGCAAUAAUAAUUUUGAUAAGUUGCCCUGUAUUAACUUCAUUUUUACACACUUUAAAUGGAAGUCUAAUGGGCUUCGCAUUCCAUCAGUACACCUUUAUGUAAAGCAAAUAUCAUACACAUUCUGCGACUAAAGGUGUGCACACAUCACGCUCUAAAUCUGUACAAGUCAUCCUUGCAGAGAUGGAGCUACUUUUCCAGAGGAAAGAAUUUGUGGUCAUGUGUGUUCCCGAUGUAGUUCUGAUGGUACACCACAAAACCUAAAGCCCGAAUUAGCAGAAUGACGUCGCAUUGCUGCAGUGUUGGAAAGUUUGAUAAAACUUCAUAAGAACUGCUUAGGUAAGACUUUCUCUCAUGUCCAUCUCAUCAUAAGACCUUUAUUGUUAGCGUAACGCUUUUUGUUUCGACUUUGUGUUCUAUAGUCCCACAUUUUAAAUGUUUAUUCAUGGAACUCAACAACUGCCGUCAGACUUCCAUUAUAAGUGAGCUUUGAGUAAAAUGUGUUAAAAAUGACUUUCGUGUCUGGAAGCCGAACGCCACUUAUGGAGGGAACGUUCAAGUGGCUCAGGAAUAGGAGGAAUCAGAUCAGAUCAGACGGCAGUUGUUGUUUCAAAAAAGCGAGACUGCUCAGGGAAAAAAAUGAGGUUCAUCACCGUUCAUGACUAAUUACAAACAAUGUGUAAAAAUUUAUUUUUUUUAUUGUUCAGGAAGCUUGGAAAUGAAAUGUGAGGGGGGAGAAUGUAAACAAAAUAAUAAAAAUAAUGAUAAUAAUAAUAGUCAUCAUCUCUGCUAAUCUUUUAUCAUUUUAUAUUAAUGUGUAAAUCUUUUAUAAUUUUGUAAUAAAUAAAGUUUCUUCGAUUU